AUGUACAUGUAUGGACAUGCAGACAAGUCGCUGCGCCUUCUGACCCUAGUUGCCAUCGGCUUGACCACCUAUCUCUACCUCUACCCCAUCUUCCACGGAUGUGCCUUUCCAUCGAGAGACACCUCGCCGGUGGCUGCACUCGCUGAGACACUUAAGCAACACUUCACCCCUUUGCGCGGCUUGGACAUUCAUCAAGGCCCGCCCCAUGUGCCCUUCCGACUGUUGGCCCUCGCCGAUCCCCAGCUCGAAGGCGACAGCUCCCUUCCCAAACCCGCGGAUGAUCUGAUACCGAAGCUAAGGCAGCAUUGGGCGAAGCUGUCCGCAGAAGACCGACGACACUGGCUACCUUUGGCGCGCGAGACCGUGCAAGAAGUGCUUCUGAAAGACCUCCCCGAGGCAUUGCGGGCCCUGCGGAAACGACUGGAUCUAUUUGGCAAUGACUACUAUUUGGGCCACAUAUAUAGAACGCUUUAUUGGUGGGCGAAGCCUACACACGUCGCCGUGCUUGGAGAUCUCAUCGGCAGCCAAUGGGUCACGGACGAAGAAUUUGCAUGGAGAGGGUGGAGGUUUUGGAAUAGAGUCUUUGCCGGCGCCCGGAAGGUAGAAGACGAUGUCACAGAAUCCAGCAACACAGACCAAGAAAAGAUUUUCGAGAUGGAUGAUGCGACUUGGAGGCGAAGACUCAUCAAUGUUGCCGGGAACCAUGACAUUGGAUAUGCUGGGGACGCUUCUCGAAGGAGGAUCGACCGAUUCGAAAAGAUCUUUGGGAGAGCCAACUGGGAUGCCAGAUUCAGAUAUCCCGUGCUUAACGCCACCGAGCCUACGGCUCAGACAAAUGUCCAGCCAUCGUUGCAUCUGAUUGUCUUGAACAGUCUUGUUCUAGACUCCCCUGCCCUGUCGGAGGACGUUCAGACUGAAACUUUCGACUACUUGAACGAUCUGAUCUCUCACCGUCUGCGCCCUGUGGAAGAUCGCUCGUCUUUCACACUUUUGCUCACACACCUGCCACUCCACAAGAAGGAAGGCAUUUGCGUCGACGCCCCCUUUUUCGACUACUGGGGUGAUGACAAUGGCGGUGGGGUUUACAAGCCCCACGGGGUGAGAGAACAAAAUCACUUGAGCGAGCAAACGAGUCAGAGGGGUACUUUGCAGGCAUUGUUCGGUAUGAGCGGUGAUCUUGGUGCGCCAGCUCAAGGCAAGGGUAGAAGGGGUCUCAUCCUGACAGGCCAUGACCACGAAGGCUGCGAUGUCUGGCAUUUUCUUCCUUCUGAAUCUGUCGGAUCAACAUCAGAGGACCACGGUGGAGAACAGCCGCAGACUGCAUGGGACGCCUGUAGAUGGCAGCACGCCAAUCACAGCGUUGCACAUACGGGAAUUCGAGAGAUUACGCUCCGAAGCAUGAUGGGGGACUAUGGAGGCAAUGCUGGACUCCUUAGUGCUUGGUUCGACGACGAAACGGGCGAAUGGAGAUCCCGCAUCCAGAUGUGCGGUCUGAACAUCAAGCUCUGGUGGGCUGUCCACAUCGUCGACUUGAUCGUUCUGUGCCUGGUUGGUUUUGGUCUCUGCCACCGUCUCCUACGUCCCGUCAGGAAACAUUCCACGGAAAGAGCAGAUGUCUCAGAAUCAAAGUCCGAGGAACCAUGUAAGUGA